AAUGAUAGAAGGGAGGCCAAGAGAAAGUUUGGUGCAAUAUGAUAAUCCAAUCGAGGUUGGAUCUGGCUAUGAUACAAUGGAACAAGCUAAAACUAAAACCUUCGGCUCGAAGAAGAGUCAUCUUCCACCUAUUGAAGCAAAGCCAUCCACUGAGGAUAUUCUAAAUGCUAUUCUUCCUCCAAGAGAGUGGGUAGAAGGCGGCAAACGUUAUAUUCAGUAUGUCUCCCAUAAGGCUCCUUCAAGAGUUGAUGUUGCUUGUCUCAGAGAAAUGCUCGAUGAGAAAUUAAUGGAGAGACAAGCAAGGGAAAGUGGGAUCUGUCCAGUCAGAGAAGAACUUUUCUCCCAAUGUUUCGAUGAAAUCAUCAGACAAGUCACUAUCAACGAGUCCGAAAGAGGGUUGCUUUUAUUGAGAGUAAGAGAUGAAAUCAAAAUGACAAUUUCUGCUUAUCAGACUCUCUACCAAAGUGCUGUUACCUUUGGAAUGAGGAAGCAGUUACAGGCAGAGCAUGGAAAAGCUGAACUAGAAAGUAGAAUUGAAGAACUUGAAGAAAGAAAAACUAAACUUCAAAAUAAAGUAAUUGAACUCAAAAGCAAAAUUGAGGCAAUUGAAAAUAGAAACAAGGAAAGAAAAGAAAUAGAGCAAGAAAAAAGAGAGAAAGAAAUCGAUUUCCUGAAAUACCAAGAAUCCCAUCUUUCUAAAUUCUUGAAGAGCCUCACUGAAAAAUAAAUUACUCUUGAAUAAAAGCUACUCUG